AUGGCGUGCAACGAAAACGUUAUAAAGAAUAUGGCUAAUGAAAUAACUAGGAACUGUCAGGCUAAUAAUGUGACCGUAGACCCAGAAUUUGUGAUCUACAUGAUAGACUUGUUGCUGCUAAACCCCAAGUAUGGAAAACUCUUCGCGAAGACAAUCAACAGGAACAAUUUAGCGUAUUUCGUUGAUGAGUGCGUCUCUAUUCUGACGAAUGAUGGGACUGCAUUAAACACUUUAAAAAUGCAGUUUAUUUUACAAACUAACUACGAUAAACUGGAAGUAUUGAUCGAGAAGCAUUUAGACCACAUCGAGAAGUGCUUGGCUCCCCUAGUCGACGAAAUUUUAGACAUGGACCCUGAACUUGGCAAUGAAGCUGAGUACCACAAGCUGUUUCGGAAGAUGUCUAUUUAUUUCGUUCUGGCUAGUGGGUUGGGGAACCCUAGCUAUAUUGUUACGUUAAAAGAAGGGAUGGCAGCCUUAGAAAGUGUCUUCGGGAUGGAAGAUCUCAAGGCAUUCGUGGCAUUACCUCGUACCGACAAAAGCGUGCAAUUGGAAGUACUGUUGGGCUACACGUCUGGCGUGAGACUCUUCAACAGGGACUGCGGUAAGGGGGGUGAAGGAAUACCUGAUUUACCCCUCAACUUAGUCGACGCGGGUAAGGCAUGCAUGUCUCUGCUAUCCAACUCUUUAAUAACUGUGAUGCAAAGAGUGAACAAACUCACAACAGCCAUAGAAGAGGCCAUCACGAUACAGGAGGAAACUGGCAAUAUUAUUGUAGACCUCAGUAAGGUUGAUGAACACAGUGAAUUAACUAAAGAGGAUUACAUAGAAGUCUUUGACUUGCUUGCAUUCAACCGACAGUAUGAAGUUUUUAUUCGCAAGUUAUUGGCUGAUGUGGAAUCUAUGACGUACAAGGGAUCUAAAUAUGUGGAAAGAACGAAGGCAGUUCUCCAAGAGCUGCACGCUGCAGUCAAGUAUAAAGCAGCUGUGCCAGUCCAGAAUGUGUUUCCACUGUUCACAAAGCUAUGGGAAGUUUGGCGUGCGAUGCAAAACGUUAUGUUCCUAGUGUCGACCGUGAACCGACUGAUGGGGAUCAUGGGGACCAUCCAGGAUAAAAUAAAGAUGCCUCUCAAAGUUAUUAACAAAAUGCUUCAUGGGAAGGUCGUUAAUACUGAUCAAUGCAGACUCAACAUCCGGCCGAGCACAGCAGAGAGGAUUUCACUGGCCUCGUUACACAACUACGUCUGCUAUCCAAGCUGUACUGAGAUCCUCGGGAUCAAGCAACCCGAGUUCUUAGGAUUUUGCGCAUUAUGUCUGGGUGUUGGUGCACUAGUCCCCAGCAACGUGAAGAUAGGUCUCAUCAAGUCCAAGGGCGGGUACUACGGGUUCUGCAGUGUUAAGAUGGCUGCCCGGUUCAGUAAGGAUCCUGAGAGGUACAUACAUGAAGCCCUGAACUACGCUCGCAACAACCCCCACCUCAUCAACUUGCUGAACAUUAUCGAGAACGUAUUCAAUGUAAAGGACAUCGACGAACUUGUUGUAGUUCGCGUACCGAAGAUAAAGGUAUUCGACAAGGAUAUGCAGACGGAGACACAUCCAGUACCAACGUACAAAGACAAGAACUACACGUGGGACCUUUGGGAAUGGAAGAAAAGAGCUUGUCAAUGGGCCACAAUAGUAAACUGUAAGACGCAUUCGACGCAAACGAACUACAGCCACCUCCGUUCUGACAUCCAAUGUCAGACGGUGGAGCCGCGGGACAAGAGUUUGCAGACCAACAAGGAUACUGGGAUGAACACUGUCAACUCCCAGUACUUCAUAUGGGGUCUGAGGGGGCAACGGGGUUAUGGGCAACAUGUCAUGGAUUUGAAGAUUCAACACUCCAUGGAGGCUCUCAAAGCUAAAACAAUAUCCACAUGCACUUGGCCUUGUAUCGGUAAAAGAGAUGACAGUGUGAGUGACUCCGUAAGCGAGGACAGAACUUUUUACUUCCCCAAAUCCGAUGGGUACGAAGAAAAGAACUAA